AUGUUGACCCCUACAAUGCGCGGAUGCUCUCGAGCGAAGAGUCCGACGUUUCCGGCGGUGUCCCAUAUGCCGUCGCUAACCGCCGGUUGCUUCGCAUGGCGGAAGGGCUUAGAGUGCAUCCUUGUGAGCACAGUCCUGGUGGCCGCUCCACGGCGAGAGAAGAGCCGACGGCGGGUGACGGCGACUCUGGGCACUGACCUGGAAGAUGUGGAGCAGCUCAGGCAGCUCUUCGGCCUCGCCUCCUCCGGCGGCGCCAUGGGCAAAGAGGACUUCGCGCAGCUCUGCCAGUCGCUCCUGCACAUUGAUCUGAGCUACCGAGAACUGGAGCGCAUCUUCGAGAUCAUGGUCUUCGCAGAAGGCGAGCAGCUGAUGACGGAGGACAAGUUCAUCCGCACGAUUCGGAACCGCUUCUUCCUGCGGGGCAUCCGUCGGGUGGUUCAGCUGCCCUCGGCCAGCGCCAAUUUGCCCGAAGGCUUCAACCUGGAUGAGGAUACGGCCACCAACCACUCCGGCGAAAAGGGCCAAUUUGUCGGUCCCUACGCUGACAUUCGAGCUACCAGAGAUCACAGCUUCCACGGAUGCUAUUCAGCAGAGCGCCAACGCUGGCAGGACAGCGUCAUUGACACCGUGGUCCAGCGCACCACGGAGCAGGCGAGGCCAAGGCUGGUCUUCACCUGCGGCGCCAUGGGCGUGGGGAAGGGCUAUGCACUUAGCUGGAUGUCCAACAAGGGCAUCUUUCCCUUGGAGGACAUUGUGCAUAUCGACCCGGACCACUUCAAGGCGGUGAUGCCAGAGUGGCCAGCUUAUGUGGCCCACGGGCGUCUGCUGAAGGAUCCCUCCUUGCCUGGGACCCAAUGCCACCGGGAGAGUUGCUACAUGCAGGAGAUUGCCUUAGAGGAGUCUCUGCGGCGCUUGCAGCACAUCUGGGUGGACGGCUCCUUACGCAAUGCCGAGUGGUUCGUGAAAGUCUUUAGCGACAUCCGCGAGCGCUACCCGGCAUACCAGAUCGCCAUCUUCAAGAUCACAGCGCCGGAGACGGCCAUCAGGGCCCGGGUGGAGAAGCGAGCGCAGCAGACGGGGCGCAGCGUCCCAGAAGAGACGCUCAAGGAAUCCAUUGAGGCUGUGGAGAGGUCAGUGCUGACGUUGAUGCCACACGCGGACUUCUUGGCGAGUAUCGACAACGCGAGCACGCCCACGCUCCAAUACUUCUCCGCCAUCGAUCGCUCCGGGUCCUGGAGCAGGAUUACCGCGCGCUUCGCUCAUACGCUUCCAGGGGUGGAGGCAUUUCCGGAGGCCCUGUCCCCCUUCUUCCUCACGCGCCUGGAGACCUGUCCCCAGCUUCGGCUCUUCCACAGCCUGCAGUACCGGGUUGAUGGGGCCACUCAGUGCCAGUACGGGGAGCUCAUGGUGAGGGACCUGGCGAUUCAGGUGAAGCUCUCCCCGGCGAUCCGGGUCACUCUGGACCCCGAGACCCGGCGCAUCGCGCGGAUCCACGAGGAGGCGGUGUCAGUGGCCUUUCUGCACCCGCUGGACACAGAGGAUUUGGACACCUCCCACCUGACCCAUGCGGAGAGUCAAGCGGUCAAGGUGGGCGCCUUCGGCAACUUCUGCCUCAACGACGAGUUGGUGGCAUUGAACGCAGUCUCCAGCAGCGCCACGGAGCGGCAGCCGGCGAUGCUGGAGUUCGCGGACUCCAUCGCGGUGAGCCGUGAGCAGGCGCAGGCGCUGCACGAGAGCCGCUGGUCACCCGUGCCGCUGGAGCACAUCAAGGCCGCAGGUGUGGAGCGCUUCGCCUUUCUGUCGCCCUUGGAGAAGCUGGCGGGUCGUCGCGUCAGCUCAAGCAGCGGCUUCGUCUUCGAGAUGCCGGGGAAGGACUACGCCUUCUUUCCCAUCAUCGCCUCCUACGAGUGA